UUCGCUGCUGCUUUUGGACGAAGGGGUGACUAUAUGUUCUACAACGUGCACAUCCUUGGUGAGCCGAGAAUCUGGUACUGCCCUUCUGAGGAACAUAAGGCCGAAAAAAAUACCGCGUCUAUCACAAUCAAAUUCGAUCCAAAAGCGUAUUCAGGAUGGCGGGUGUCGUCUGGUUACCGUUGCGCAAGGGAGAACGGAUUGGACUACGAUAAGGAGGUAAAAUACUGCCACGAUGAAAAGGUUCUACGCAAAGCUGAGCAAUGGGAGAUCACAGACGCGGCGCAUAAGGACACGGAAUUCAAAUAUCUCUUCACGCUGAACAUUCUGCCUCUGAAGAUUGUACCCAAGCAUAAGUCACAUAAACAAAGAAUUGACCUUGACAACAUGCUUGAUGGGAACAAAGGUCCAAAGUGCGAGAUGUCCCUCAGACUGGUAAAAUUUAUUUAA